AUGGAGCCGGGGGGGUCUCUUAAAGGGGCUUCUCCCCGCGCGGCGAUCUGCACGCCCGCUCCCGCCGCUCUCUCGCUCGCCGCCCGCGCUCGGCUCCGCAGGAAGGGGCGGAGCGGAGGGCGGGGCCGCACCGCGGCUGAUAGAGCGGGGCGGGGCCUCUUAAAGGGGCGGCCACCCCCGCCCCCCCCCCCCCCAACCCGGCCGCGGCCCUGCCAGCGGCCCCCGCACCUGGGGAAACUGAGGACCGGACGGCGACUUCUGUACCCCCGGGAACAGGUGCCCUGGAUCCCGGCCAGCCGGGUGGCCUCUCGCUGGCGUAACUGGCUGAGCGCGCUCCCCAGCGGAAAGGUCGCCCGGCGGUCGCCUCCGGGCUCUGGGGUCCCGGCAUGA